AUGGUCGUGGCGUCCGCGCCGCCGCCGCCUCUCCUGCCGCCUCACCUGGAGGACCUGCGCGAGGAGCUGGAGAGUGGCGAGGCGCAGCUCUUUGACGUGCGCGAGCCGGGCGAGGCGGCCAUGGGAAUGCUGCGCUCCGCAGACCUCGUCCCGCUGAGCGCGCUCGAGCGCGGCCUCCAGAAGGCGCAGAUCGUCGAGCGCUACCCGCAGGUCGACCCGGCUCGGCUCACCUAUGUGCACUGCGCUGCUGGCAUCCGAGUGCAUCCAGCGACAGCCCUGCUGCAGCAGGCGGGCUUUGAGCGGGUGGUGCCGCUGCAGGAGGGCUACGCGGCGCUGCUCCAGUACGGCUUCGAGCCCAAGGAGGAGGAGUGA